AGGAGCUCAGGCUAUUGACAGUGCUGGUCACAGAUUGGUGUCCGCAGCUCCCUGCUAAUGAUUUAUAGGUGUCCCAGACCUGGCAUUUGGUAUAUGGCUUGCAAGGCUCGGUGUCCAUGUUUAGGGGGUGACUAUUUGUAAGGAUGUUAAUUUGUUAACCUUUAGAAUCCCAUGAAAUCCUUUAUUCCAGCAGUGGAACGUUGCAUGCUAGGUUAACAUUGAUACAUUUCAUUCGUUUGAUCUGUUUGUUAGUUCUUUAAGAAUAUAAUGCUUAUUUUCAUUUGAAGAUCAGCACAAUUUUCUUUCUAUUAAGGAAUAUUGUGAAACAAGAUAAUUUGUCUUUGUGUCUCCUAAUUUGAGUAUUGCAUUUUAUUGUUGAUUAUACCUGUAAAUAGAAAGGGAUGGUCAGAAAUUAUAAAAUCAGCUGUAUUCAUUGGACAGAGUAGUGCAGGGUUAUUAUUAGAAUUUAGAAGUAGAGGCUGGGUCAAGCAAUGCCUCCUACUGUUAGAUGCUCAUUUUUUCGUGUAGUGUUUGUUGCCCUUCUCCUUGUUGCCCUCCUCCAGCUGCUUUACCUUUCCCUCCUUUCUAACCUGCAUGGACAGCAGCAGCGAUUUGCUUACCCAGCACCAGCAGGCACUCCUCAUGCGGAGUCACAAUGGAAAAGGGAACAUAAGAUGCAUCUUAAGACUGUCCUGGCUAGUGGUGGCAUUCUAGAUGCUAGUGGACAAUACCGAAUCUACCGUAAUUUUGUGCCACUUGAAGAGGGUCAUUGGGGAAACACGGAUGUGAUCUUGGCAUCUCAUACAAGCUUAAGCAACUUGGGGCAUUUAGAAGAGCUAGUAAAGCGGUGGGAUGGUAGGAUUUCACUGUCACUCUUUGCCGCAAAUGCUGCACAAGCAAAGCUAGCUACUGUUCUUGCAGAUACCCUUGCUCAGCUAUGUCCAACUAUUAGGCAGAAAGUAACCUUCCAUCUAGUAUGCCAGUCUGGUGAUAUGGCAACCUUUCCAGAGUUGGAAGAGCAUGUAGAAUUUGCACGUCUACACACAUGUCAGUCUGUCUUUGCAAAGGUAGCAGCCGUGGGUACUAAUGUGAUAAAUUAUGCUGGCAAUACUUCUUACCCUAAUAACUUACUGAGAAAUGUUGCCAGGGCAGGUAUACCAAGGGGUAUAUUUACCCUUGUAGUGGACAUUGAUAUGGUACCCAGUGAAGGCCUGAGGUCAAGUUUUUUGGAUCUUGCGGCUCGUGGAGUUGAUGGACGCAUGGUAUUUGUUGUGCCUGCCUUUGAGAUUCGUCAUACUCGCCGUCUACCUGGCACUAAAGAGGAACUGUUGCGACUCUACCAGGUUGGAGAAGUACGUGCAUUUUAUGAGGAACUGUGUCCACGAUGCCAGGCACCUACCAAUUAUUCUCGCUGGAUAAAUUUAAAGGAAAAGCAGGGCACUGCCAAGCUGGAAGUUGCAUAUAUUGUGGAAUGGAAAGACCCUUGGGAGCCAUUUUACAUUGGAGGUGAUGAAGUACCAGCCUAUGAUGAAAGAUUCAAGCAGUAUGGCUUUAACAGGAUCAGCCAGGCCUGUGAACUGAACAUAGCUGGUUUCUCCUUUGCAGUAUUGGACUCUGCCUUUUUGCUUCAUAAAGGCCAUAAGCUACCAGGAGACUUUCACAGCCAGAAGGAAGUGGAGAACAAGAGGAACCGCCAGCUAUAUAGAGGUUUCAAGGAAGAGCUAAAGAAUAAAUAUUCAGAUUCUCCUCGGCGAUGCUGACAUUACUCUGAUUGAACUGGAUGAAGGCCAGAUGUUUCAGAACUAGAACUUGAACCCACCCCUCCCAUGUUAACUAGGAUGAUGUGGAACAAGGGUUCUUAAGUUUCAAAGCUCUAAGGUGUUACUUGAUGGAAGGACAUUGUGGUUUGUAUAAUGUAUGCACUGGAAAUUGCCCGCUACCAUCCUACAAUGUUAUUCACUAACCUCCUGAAUUGUAGUAAUUGAAAAUAAAAUGGCAAAAUAUAAGCUAAAAUAUCCAAGCUGUGAACUGUAGCUGACUUGGAGAAAAUUAUUUCAGAUCAGCAAUUUAAGCUCAGUCUUGUCAUUUGAAUUUAAAGGGAACCAAUCAUGGAAUAAUUCAUUUUAGCUCUUUUUUAAAAGUCUGUAUUGUGCUGGCAGUUUUGUUAACAAACGUAUAGGUUUGGAGAAAAACCUAUUUAAAUUUUUUUUUUUUCUGACAUCUGUGUCUCAAUUCUCCGGCAGACACUUAAAGCCGAAUAAUUGAGCUGAAGAUACCUCACAUAGGGUCCCUCUGUUCUUCCCCUAUAGCAGCCACAGGGCAUGUGCUCUAGUUGCCAUGGUAACUCCCUUGCCCAUGCUGCUAGCACUGACUAGGGAGUACAGAAAUAGAAUGUAGUGAUGUCACUUCAUUCAGACGCGUCAACUAAGCCACUGUGUUGUCAUCACGGAGGAGGUUUGCCCUGAUUGGGGAAGUGUCCCCAAGCAAGUCAAAUCAGCAGAGAACAGAAGAGUCAUACAGACAGACCAGAGGUGGGAGUCACAUAAGUGUAACACUCACUUCUUUAUUGAGAUUGCGGUGGGGGAGCGGAUGGCCAGGUAAAUAGUACAGAUUUCCUUUAAGUUUACCACAAUCUGAGAUUUAGUGUAAAACCCUUACAGUGUUUUAUUUAACUAAUAUUACGUGUACAAUUUAUUUGUUGAUUUGCGUGAGUGUCUCUACUGUAAACUUUGUAUAUUUAUUAUUUGACUACUUUCAGAUAUGCAGCUGUGCACAACAUGUAAUGUUAACACAUGCCACUGUAAUAUAUUGUAUACAUUCUAAUUGGGGCAUUGGUAGGCUGUACAGUAUAUGAGUGUACAUGUGUUGCUAAAAGAAAUAAAUGUAUAUAUGUAAAAGAACAAACUUUAGUGAAAGAAAAAUCCUGUAAACAUCUAAAACAAGGUCCCUUCUAGCAAAUCUACUGUGUUCCUGAAUUGUUUGUUGGCAAAAGUUGUUUUGAAGAUCAAAGUUUAUAUUUGAAGUACUUUCUAUCUAAGAUGGAAAUUGUGAAGCAUUGCCAUGGGAAUUAUACAUUUUAGGACAAAAUUGUAAAAUGUAAUAAUAAACUUCAAGGUCAAAGUGUACAUAUGCAGACAAAAUGUCAUUUAGAGAUCUGCUACUGUUACAAUAGUCAAAAUGAAAUGUGAAGCUUCUAGUAAUAAUAAAGUAAGUUAUUUUGUA